GAAUGGCGGGUUUUAUUACUGCAAGCACGACCGCUAACCGUUUAUUACCCCUUUCAGAAGAUAAGGCCUCUCUCCUUCUUGCUCUCUCUGAAUCUGAGAGUAGCCAUGGCUGAAGCUUCACGGAUUUUGCACAGCACACUCAUUGCCAGUUUCCAUUCACCUCAAAAAACUCACUUUUCUCAGUUACACCAUGUACACUUCCGUAGAAACCCAACUCAUUGCUCAGUCUCUACAAGUGAAAGCGCCAAAAACACCACAGUUACAGAAACCAUCCCAUGGGGUUGCGAAAUCGAUUCCUUGGAAAACGCAUCCGCUCUGCAGAAAUGGUUGUCUGAGUCUGGGCUUCCACCCCAGAAGAUGGCCAUAGAAAGAGUUGAUGUGGGAGAGCGAGGACUGGUUGCUUUGAAGAACGUAAGGAAAGGAGAAAAGUUGCUUUUUGUCCCACCCUCUCUUGUCAUCAGUGCAACUUCGGAAUGGAACUGUGCGGAGGCUGGUGAAGUAUUAAAGCAGAAUUCAGUACCAGAUUGGCCUCUUCUAGCAACCUACUUGAUAAGUGAAGCAAGUCUCUUGAAAUCUUCAAGAUGGUUUAAUUACAUUUCUGCUUUACCUCGACAGCCCUACUCUCUUCUCUAUUGGACACGUGAAGAACUAGAUCGAUAUUUGGAAGCAUCACAGAUUAGAGAGCGGGCGAUCGAAAGGGUUACAAAUGUUGUUGGAACAUACAACGAUUUAAGACUCAGGAUAUUUUCCAAGCAUCCUGAUUUAUUUCCUGAAGAGGUAUUCAAUCUGGAAACUUUCAAAUGGUCAUUUGGCAUUCUUUUCUCACGGUUGGUCCGGUUACCCUCGAUGGAUGGAAGGUUUGCCUUGGUUCCCUGGGCAGAUAUGCUGAACCACGAUUGUGAGGUGGAGACAUUUUUGGAUUAUGAUAAAUCAUCACAAGGAGUUGUCUUUACAACAGAUCGGUCAUAUCAGCCAGGUGAGCAGGUUUUCAUCUCAUAUGGCAAUAAAUCAAAUGGAGAGCUAUUGCUAUCAUAUGGAUUUGUUCCAAGGGAGGGGACAAACCCUAGUGAUUCAGUUGAGUUGCCACUAUCACUUGAAAAAUAUGACAAAUGUUAUAAGGAGAAGUUGGAAGCUCUAAGGAAGAAUGGAUUGUCAGCCAGAUCUCAAUGCUUUCCGGUACGAAUCACUGGUUGGCCUCAGGAGUUAAUGGCGUAUGCUUAUUUAGUCGUCAGCCCACCAAGCAUGAGCAGACAGUUUGAAGAGAUGGCUGCUGCAGCAUCAAACAAAACUUCGACGAAGAAGGAUUUAAGAUAUCCUGAAAUAGAGGAAGAAGCACUGCAAUUUAUAUUGGAUAGUUGUGAAUCUAGCAUAUCAAAGUACAACAAAUUCUUAAAGGAAAGUGGAUCCAUGGAUUUGGAUGUGACUUCACCAAAGCAACUGAAUCGAAGGUUGUUUCUAAAACAGCUAGCAGUAGACUUGUGUACUAGUGAGCGCAGAAUUCUGUUUCGCGCUCAAUAUAUACUGCGGAGGAGAUUGAGGGAUAUAAGAAGUGGUGAACUGAAAGCUCUAAGACUCUUUGAUGGUCUUCGGAAGUUUUUUAAAUGAGCAAAUUUUUCUCUUUUAUGGUUUUGCAAUAAAAUUAUGGGAUAUGCAUUAAAAAAUAAGCAUGAUAUACAUUGUUAGAUCCGUUUCCUAUUAGUUAUAGCUUUUGGGAUAAACGGUAAUUUAACAUGGUAUCAGAGUCUUUACAACAUCGUUCCAUAUACUUGGUAUCCCAUUGAAUUGUUGUUUGGUGCGGGUAAGGCCAGUUUAUUUCCUCCUGGUUAAUGGGGGAUGUAUUGGAAAAAUAAGCUAUAUUGUUGGACAGCAUUUUAUAGCUUCUGUUAAUGGAUUUACAUGUGAGAGGUAAUAACCUUAAUAUAUAUUGUUGGGCUCCCUUUUUAUUAUA